UUUUUGCCUUAACUGGAACCGCUGCUGCCUGAGACGAUCUGUGUUCAACAUCAUGGCAGUAAUCUACAGCUGUUUUAUUGCCUUAGCUUUGGCAACACUGUGCUCAGCCGGUACUAUUGCAAAUCGUCCCACAUUUCCGGUCCAAACAAAUCAAAUUCAGCCCGGCAGCAAAUCACCUGGUAAUAGAGUCAUGCAUCCAGCUUUUGCAAAUGCCGGUCGUACUCCCGGUUUGGAAAUCUGGAGAGUUGAGAACUUUGAACCAGUACCAUAUCCCAAAAAUAACUAUGGCAAAUUUUACACUGGUGACUCCUUUAUUGUCUUAAAUGUAAGUAUCUUCAAACUGACACACACAUAG